GAUGAUGAAUGAAUACGAAUACGAACGAACGAAUAUGAAUACAACAUCGACAAAACAUUGGAAAAGAUGUGAAUUCUGUACGAAUGACGAAACAUUCUCAUCGCCAUUUCAAUUUGGUAAUCAUCUUCGUAUGUAUCAUAGUAAAAUUGAAGGUGGAUCACAUGUUUGUUCAUAUGGACCAAACUCAAUGUGUCCAUUAUUGCCUUAUGAAGGUGUUAGUGGCCGUGAUUAUGAGACACAUGUUGCCAAAUGUCAUAUAUUUCCCACUGGAACAACGAUAACAGCCACAACAUCAGAUCCACAACAUUUCAAACAUCAACAACGAUCAUCAGAACAACAACAACGACAAGAAAUUAACAACGGAAGAACAAGUCAAAGUAACAAUCGAUUUGAUAAUCGAAAUUGUGAUUUUCCUCGACCAUCCACCCUCAACACCACCAUUGUUACUAACGAUGAACAUAAUACUAAUGAUCGACCUAAUGUUAUCGAUAAUGUUAAUUGGAGUAUAUUUUCUGCAUCACAAGAUUUGACAUCCAUUCUGAAUGAUCCACAUAAACCACGAAGUUAUUAUGAUAAUCUAUUCACCAAGGAUUGGGGCGCGAAUUUCGUCGACACUGGCUAUGUUGCACCCUUUGUGAUUGCUAAAAAACCGGCAAGAUUACUAUUCGAUAGUUAUAUGAAAAAAAUUCAGAAACGAAAACAUAAUUUACCCACCACCAACCAUCGAUCAUCACCACAACAACAACAGCAACAACUGCCUUCUUCACAAAAUCCAUUUGACCAUUCAUUGGAUAAGGAUUCCAUGUCCGAUCGAUUAGUACCGCGGUUAUUUUUCGAUCCAGAUUUCAAUCUCGACAAAUCUGAAACAUUCAUAGGAUUGAUACGAUUAUUUGCCGAUGGUGGUGGUGGUGGUAGUAGCGGUCAACAACUUGAUGGCACAACAACUACUGAUCAAUUGAGUUUAGAAUCAUUAUUUCACUCAAAAUCAAUGAAUGAAAUUCAAAAAUCUCUAAGUGAAUAUUUGGACAUUGUCGAGCAAGACCUAUCACACCAAAUUGGUCACCGAUCACAAGAUUUCUUCCAGGUUAUGUCGUCGAUGGAUCUAAUAAUGGAAAGAUUAAAAGAUUCCAUCAGGCAAGUAACACAGAUUCGUCAGGUUUGUCGUCAGCUUAAUGAUUCAUUGAUCCAGCCCAUACAAACGAUUAAUGAAUUGAAUCAAUUACGAACAAAAUAUCGUGAUGUUUUCCGCAAAAUCAAUUGGAUUGCCACCGUACAUCAAACACAGCCAACCAUACAAUUGCUAUUGUCGAAAAGUGAUUAUGCCGGUGCAUUAGAUUUGAUAUCCACUUCGGAAGAAGUCGUCGCACAAGAAUUGAACGGUGUCAUUAGUCUUCGUUAUCUAAGGUUACAAUUGAUGGAAAUUGAAAAAGUUAUCGAACAAAUGUUGAAUGAAGAAUUUGUUAAAUAUCUAACUGCUGAAUGGAAUCGACCGGUUAGUAGUAGCGAUGAUAAUGAUAAUGAUAAUGAGGACGGCAGCAAUAAUGUACAAAAAGAAAAACUUUUGUCAAUCAUUUACGGGAUGCUUAAAUUACAACGUUUCAAUUUUAUCGAUACAUUCCGCGAAGAGGCAUUCACAGCAAUCAAAACAAGUGUUAAACAAACUGUGAUUGAAACAUUAUCAUCGGAAGAUAAUAUCGAAGUAGCACGAAUUGAUACAAGCCUUUUUGAACAAUUGAAAUGUCUUUGUUUCGAUAAAUGGAUCUCAUGUCUGGUCAUUAUGUUCGACCGUUUGGUCAUACUGUUACGGCGUGUUCGUCAUGUUUAUGAUGUAAUCAACGAUGGAUUUGCUACCAUGACUUAUAGCAGUAGUAAUGCUCACCAUUUUGCCACGAAUAAUUCAAACGAUAUUGAUGGUGGUGAUGCUAAAGUAAUCUUGCCCAUCGAUUAUUAUGAUCUAAGUUCUCGAUUGAAAGAAAUUCUUCAUUCAAUCUGUGAUUUUGCACAUGGCCGUACAGCUAACAUUAUUGAAUUACGAGCCAAUGAUGGUAGCCUUGAUCGAUUUGAUUCAGGUCAAUUUAUGCAGCUGACCAAUUCGAUUGAAUCAUUCAUUGCCGAUUGUGAACUUGUAUGCGGACGACGUAGUCCAAAUUUGAAACUGGUAAUUCAAAUACAAUCGAAUAAAUUUGUAUCGAAAUUUCAUGACGAAAGAAAACGAAAACUACGACAAUUACUUGAUUUGGAACAAUGGAAAGCAGUGAAUAAUAUCAGUCCACAGAUUCAACAACUAUAUCACAGGCUCGUGAUCGAUAUUGAUGAAUAUGGUGAUUUGUUGCAAGUUUAUGCAGAUUUUAAAAAUUCUAAAUUUAAUCAAGAUGAUUCAUCCGCCAAUUGCUCAUCAUACAUAACAUUGAAUGGUGAACGUUUUGUCAUUAUAAACACUGUGAUCAAUUUAGUCUAUAUGAUUAUCGAUUAUUGUCAACUUGGCCAACAAUUUGGUUCAUCACUCAGUCCUGAUGUGUUUAUGCGUUUGAUUGAUUUAUUGAAAUUGUUCAAUUCACGUACAUCACAGCUGAUAUUGGGUGCUGAAGCAUUACAGGUGACUGGUUUGAAAACCAUAACGGCACGAACAUUAAUAAUAUCGAUGCGUUCUUUGAUAUUCAUUCUUCGUUGCAUUCCACGCAUUCGACAUCAUUUUGGACCGUUACUAACACAUAAAACGACAAUGCUCAAACAUUUGGAUGAAUUGAAUGAAUUGUAUGCCAACCAUUUGGAUAAAAUACCCGAAAAAAUUAUCGGUCUAGUGCGGGAUGUUGUACAUGCACAUAUCAUCAAUAAAUGGGUUGCAAAAGCCCCGAUACCAUCGGUACCGUUUCAGACAAUUUCACAACAUUUGUCUCGAUUACAUGAUAAUAUUCAAGACAUUCUACCAUAUGAUGAUCUACAACAAUUUUUUCAAAAAAUUCAUGCACUCAUCAUUCAUACAUUUCGUGAACAAUUGUUGCGAUUGAAAAUCAAUAAUGAUGGUGGACCACAACAUGGGCUAGUCACACAAGAACUGACAUUUUAUACGCAAAAUAUGAAAAAUCUAUCCAUCGGUAAAGAUUUGGAUUUAAGCUACAAUGAUUUAUGGUCAUCAUAA